UGCCGUUUGUUGGGUUUCCCGGCGGGUUGAACAUUCAGCACACUAGCAGCAGCCUUGGAAAAGGAGAGCGUGCGCAACUGCGAGAGCGACAGAGAGACAGGAAAUGGCGAGCGCUCAGUGCUGCGAUAACCCUCCGGCGCUGAACCCCGCCGGCGGGGAGGGCAAGGUCGUCGACAGCUUCGGCGGGCUCAAGGCCUACCUCGUGGGCUCCGAUGAGUCCAAGGCCGCCGUCAUCCUCAUCUCCGACAUCUUCGGGUUCGAAUCGCCGAAUCUGAGGAAAAUAGCAGACAAGGUUGCUUUGUCCGGUUACUUUGUUGUGGUACCAGAUUUCCUACAUGGGGAUCCUUACACACCUGAGAAUGCUGAGAGGCCUCGACCUGUGUGGAUAAAAUCACAUGCUCCGAAAAAAGGGUUUGAAGAGGCAAAACCAGUUAUUGCUGCUCUAAAGGAGAAGGGAGUAUCUGCUGUUGGGGCUGCAGGUUACUGCUGGGGCGGAAUUGUUGUUGUGGAGUUGGCAAAAGUUCAUGAGAUCCAGGCUGCUGUAGUAUUGCACCCUGGGCCUAUUACAAUUGAUGAUAUUAAAGAGGUCAAGUGCCCGAUUUCGAUACUUGGAGCUGAGAUCGAUCAUGUUUCUCCACCAGAAUUAAUCAAGCAAUUCGAGCAGGUCCUUUCAGCAAACUCAGGAUUUGCUCACUUCGUAAAGAUUUUCCCUGGUGUGGCACAUGGGUGGAGCGUGAGAUACAGCCAUGAUGAUGCGGCUGCCGUGGCGAGUGCUGAGGAAGCGAUGGGGGACACAAUCGACUGGUUCAACAAGAACCUGAAAUGAACCCUGAAGCCGCAGCUUUAAUUGCAAUAUGUCAUUCCUACUCAUCGCUGCAAAUAUUCUUGGUUUUCUUCUGCUGUCCAGGACCUGCAUCUUCAGUUGAUUUGGUGUCUUGCGCUGUUUUCUGGUUGUAUAUUGUAUACUUUAGCACAGGCUGGUUCAGCUGAAUGCCUGAAUCUGUGAUAGAACUAGCACGCUAGUAUAUUACAUGUAUACCUGUAUGUAACGAAUGUGCUCUAUGUUUCAGUCCAAUCAGUGAAUCUGGUUGAUUUAAGUUGAGGGAUCAGAAAAAUGUAUUUGGAUGAAUCUGAAGUAAAAAUAUAUUGUAGUUAUGGUGAAAAUUAAGCUGGGAUGUGGGAAAGUUUAGGAGCCAAA